GCUGUGCGCGCCUGCGCACUGUCAAGGCGCGUCCCCUCCAGCCGUUGGAAAAUGGCGACUGUCUCCGAAUUGAAGGCUGUGUUAAAGGACACUUUGGAAAAAAGGGGAGUAUUGGGACAUUUGAAAGCCAGAAUCCGAGCCGAAGUGUUCAACGCCCUGGACGAUGACCGUGAGCCCCGGCCGUCGUUGUCUCACGAAAACCUUCUUAUUAACGAGUUAAUUCGGGAGUAUUUGGAAUUCAACAAGUAUAAGUACACCGCGUCUGUUCUCAUGGCAGAAUCUGGCCAACCUGUAGUUCCAUUGGACAGACAAUUUCUCAUCCGUGAACUAAAUGCAUUUGAAGAAUCGAAGGAUAACACAAUACCUCUUCUGUAUGGAAUCCUAGCUCACUUCUUGCACGGAGCUAAGGAUGGCAUCCAAAAUGCAUUUCUGAAGGAGCCUGCGCCUCAGCCCCCGAACCUUGGCCGACCAACCACCCCGUGGAAGCAGGCACAUAGAUGAUCUGCUAAGAAAGGAGAGUGGGAAGAGCUCCGACGGUGCAGAGAUGACACGGCCUUCGGGGUAGCUUUCGUCCUCAAAUUAUUCUACCCAGUAACUUAUUUAUUACCCCAGAGUGACACCACUACCAUUUGUGUUUUCUGAAACUGUUGAGUUUCUCCACAAACACUUUGCCUCUCAUGUUUUAUUCCUUUGUGAAUAAAAGCUAACUUUGUCAUCUAGUUUACUGGAUUUAACUUGAAAGAAAGCAUGUUCUUCUAGGAAGUGUUCUAAAGGCCCCUGGGUAUGAGAAGUGGAGGGCCUCCUUAGCACCUCAUGCAGGUGUUCAGGUCAGUAGGUCCACGAGGGGAAGCUCUGCUGCCUGACCUCACAUUAGUUACAUUUCUGUCAUUAAAACAAGAAAAAAGCAUGAUUUCUAUAGCUUUUUUUUUCAGCAGCUGUUUUUACCUAACCAUUUAUAAAUAUCCGAAUUACUAUAAGGUUGAAUUUUGCAACUAAGGAACAAUGUUUUUCUCCCUCGUUAGACAUUUGGCUUGUACUGCAAACUUUAAUUAAAAGGUAGUGCUGGGGAAAGUAGUUUUGCCAUUUGCUGUAGUAAAACAAAGAAGUUAUUAUGUAAAGAAUGUGAAAUGCACAUGAAGGGACAGGCUUUGGAGGAGAUGCCUGAUGCUGGCCCCUGAAGGAUGGCCUUGUCCACUGCUGUGUAGUCGUCCAUUGUGUGGACAUGUCACGGAGGGGCCCAGCCCCGCUCACAGGGCCUGAAUCUUCCACAGCAUCCAUUUUUUAUCCUAGAGAUGGAAAUCACUGAUCUCUAAGGGCGCUACCUCUAAAAUGGCACUUGGAUACCUACGGAAGGAACUUUUACAAUGUCACGUCCACACACGGAUUUCACUGAAGGCAGCUGACUCUUAGGGCUAACCUCCACCAGCUGACAGAAGUCGCAUGGUCAGUUCAGAAUAGAACCCUGCCUGGGGACCAAACUUCACAAGUUACUGCUUUGAGAGGCCCUGUUGGAGGGCUUAAGAUUGGAUGACAAAAUAUCAUAAGGCCACUUUCCAUUUUUAAAUCUGUAAGAUUUGAUUACCAUUAUGAAUUCCAUUGUGUUAUAUGUGGGAAUAUAAAUAUCUGACUGCUCCCAGAGGACUUGGUUUACAUCCAAGGAUACUGGCAGUGGACCCCAAGUUUACCUCAGGAAUUACAAUCAUGUAGGACUAGAUUAAGAAAAAAUUCUGGAACUUACCAUUUUGGAUACUGAUAUAAAAUCAUCAAAACAGAAGCGAAACGGAAUUGUCACAUAGUGCUUUUGUAUGUAUCAUUCUGUAACUUGUUUGUACCUAGGCAACUUUUAUACUUUUAAAGUUUGAUUUAAUAAAAAAAUUUAAUGAAUUCA